AUGGAAACAUCUGCCCCACGUGCCGGAAGCCAGCUUGCGGCGAUGACGGCGCGCCACUCCGCGUCCUACCGCGCCCAAACCCUGCGGCUGUCAUCGCGAGACGAACUCGCCAAAAUGGCCGCAUCCGGUAAAGGUAAUCUUGUAGGAAACUUUGAGUCACUGGACCUUGCAGAAUUUGCUAAAAAGCAGCCAUGGUGGCGCAAGCUGUUUGGGCAGGAAUCUGGGCCCUCAGCUGAAAAAUACAGCGUGGCAACCCAGCUGUUAAUUGGAGGUGUCACUGGAUGGUGCACGGGUUUCAUAUUCCAAAAGGUUGGAAAGUUGGCUGCAACAGCUGUGGGAGGUGGAUUUUUUCUCCUUCAGCUUGCAAACCAUACUGGGUACAUCAAAGUUGACUGGCAGCGAGUAGAGAAGGACAUGAAGAAAGCCAAGGAACAGCUGAAGAUCCGUAAGAGCAACCAGAUAACUACAGAGGUCAAAAGCAAAGCAGAGGAGGUAGUGUCAUUUGUGAAGAAGAACGUUAUAGUGACUGGGGGAUUUUUCGGAGGCUUUCUGCUUGGCAUGGCAUCCUAAGGAGGACAACUUCACUUUCAUUAUUCCUGUUUUUUUCCAAACCAGCAGCCUCUUCACUCCAUCAUAGGACAUCAAGUCUCCUGCUUCUCCUCUUCUUCCUCCCUGCUGUGGCGUAUCUGAAUGGCUUCUAUAGGCAUCUGUCGGUACAAGUUGAUACGGCCCUAUUGUGAACCUGAUGGCAACGGAAGAGACCAUAGACAUUAGCUCUUCUCCCAGCACACUCCCCACUUGACUAAUCUGUAGGUCAGCAAAAGUGUUCCUUUCUCCCUCCCAUAUAAGAUACUUAACAGAGCAUGGUAUAUAAGAUGGCUCACCUUGGAGGAUGAGUGGAUCCUCAACGGUUGUCCCAAACUUGAUUUGGAAAAGAAAUCACAAGCAUAUAGAUACCUUAUGUGCUGCAUGGAAAGGAACUGAAUACAUUUGCCUUUAAGCAUGAAAGACUUGUUAUCUUGGUGUCUGCUUUCUUUCUUAGUUGGUUUUAGAUUACAGAAAGAGAGCUAUUUGUAUACCUGCUGUAAUUAUCCUGACAAAAAUGGCAGUAAAGCACUAUAAUUGAAAAAUCUGAAUAUAGAAUGAACUUGUGCUAAAGGUAUAUAUGCUGAGCUAAAGGUAUUGUGUUUGGUGGGAGACCAACUAAUAGAUACAUCGUCGGAUGGUCAAACUUAGUGAAUCAUUUAGGGACAUUAAGAUAUUAUCCAGGGAUGCUUUCCUCAUGGCUAUUUCCAAAGGGUUUUUUCAUGGUAAAAUAAGUGAUUUUAGGUAGGAAAGGGAAGAAGCUCUUGGAUUUUUAUUACAUAGAAAAGGUUUUAAGUAUUAUUUACCUCUUGUCAAAACAUUAGGGAUAGCCAUGGCUCCUCUGUGCCAGAUCUAUUUCUUUAUCUAGUUGGUAUGAAAUACCUCACAUUUGAGCCAGAGUUUUAAAGAGGCAUUCAGAAUUGAGAACAGUAGCAAUAGCAUGUGUGAAGUAAAUUAUUUCCAUCAUCAAACGUUCUGCUGUCUCACAGUGGCCACAACUCUUAGAAUUAUUCUUUAAAAGUUUAUAGAUACACAUGCUUAGAAUCUUAGCACAUUUUGUUGUCAUGGCCUGUUACCAUGUCUGCAACCUCGGCUAGACUAUCCACUUCUGGAGGGUAAGGCUUGUGUCUUCACCAUUUCAUCCAUGGAACUGAGCACUUAAUAGGUAUUCAGGAUUUGUUGAACAUAUGACUGAUGACCUCAAAAUAAUAAACGUAUCCAGAAAAGGGACUGAUCCAAAGAAUUAUUUGAGACUUUAUGAGUUCUGAGAAUGCGGGAAACUUAGAAUUAAUUCUUAAACUUGCAGGUGAUCUCUGCAAAAUGUAUGUUUUUAAGGCCUUCUUUUAAAAUGUUUGCCUUUUAACUUGGGAAAAAAAUGGAUUGAAUUUGGAAAUUGUAGCUACCAAUGGAUGUGUGGAACUUUUUAGAUUUCAUCUAUCUGCAUUUUUUCCCUCAUUUUAAGGCAACGUAAGUUAUUUUGCUUACAAUAUGUAUGAACCAUCCCCAAAUCAUAAUGCUAUGAGCCUCUGUAUUGCAUAUUUUUGUGUAAGAACUAAAAAAAAUGUUUUCACUUUUUAUCAUGGAAAUUUUCAGACAUAUCUAAGAGAAAAGUACAGUGACCCUCAUAUAUUUAUCACCCACCUGCAAUGAUCAUCAAAUCAUAGCUUGUUUUAUCAAUGGUUUUGAAACAAAUACAAAAUGUAUCAUUUCAUUAUAUUUCAGUAUGUGUCUCUAAAAGGUAAGAACUGUUUUUAAAAAUCAUAAAUAUAAUACUCUACUAUCAUACCAAAAAAUUAAUAAUAAUUCGUUACUAUCAUCAAAUAUCCGGCCAGUUUUCAAAAUUUCCUGUCUCUUAAGUGGUUUGCAUUUGGUUUGAUUGAAUCAAAAUCCAUAUAAGGUCUACCCACAUUGCAUUCAAAUGGUCUCUUAAGUCUCUUUUUAUCUUGUAUGUUCUUUUUUUUUCCUUUAUUUUUUUGGCCUGCAAUAUAGUUAUUAAAGACACUGAGUUAUUUGUUCCUUAGUUUUCUACAUUCUGCUUCUGGUGCCUGGGUCCCUGGGUUAUGUCAUACAUGGCAAUCAAGGCUGCAGCUCUUUGAUGACUUGACCCAAGGGAAUGGUUACUGUAAAACCUAAGUGACGUGUCCUGUGCUCCUUUGGGUUGCAUGACAGGAAGAGUGGCCAUUGGAUGCCUCUCUGAUGGGA